UUGAGUUACUUUUUCAAAAAUGCUAAAGAAGCAUUCGAUUCCUGCUGAAUACGAACAAAGCCAAGGGUGAAAGUGAAAAGCUCAGUCAUAGUAACAUAAAGCAGGUAAAGGAACAUUAAGCUGCUAUAAUCUCAACACAACGGUAGAAGUUCGACAUACAAAAUGCGUCAGGAAGGAGCCCCUACACGGCUAGUAUGGUUGAUUGUGAUAUUAUUGAUCUUGGACAAAGCCAAAUCAGCUGUCUACCAUUUGGAUGUCACAAUGGAGAAUCGUUAUGUUAAAGAUAUUCUGAUUAUAACAACGCAUUCAAAUUCCUCGUAUAAGCGAUUUGUUAUCCCUUUUGGCGAGAGUUAUCGAAUAGUGUCAGCAUCGGCAAAAUAUGAAAGGAUAUUUAUCACAGCGUAUGAUGCGUUGAAGUUUUUCCCACUCCUGAUUCAGGGCCAGCCAACUGUUAUCGUAUCCAGUAGUGUCGAACCAGUCAGUCAUAGAUACGAUAUUCCUUCAGGUCUAACUGGUACUGUGGUGGAAACAGAAAAUCCAACUAAUUAUUUGUCAACCCGAGAUACAACUAACGCUGUGCCAACCGAGAGUACCACCGCAACUGUGCCAACACAAGGUCCAACACAUGAUGUGCCGACGCGAGGUCCAUCUAACACUUUGUCAACACAGGCUGCCGCUGAAGUUGUUUCAACUCAAGAUCGAAGUGACGGUGCUUCAACAGGUGGUACCACUGACGCAGUAGCAUUAACACAAGGUGCCCCUGAUGUUGUGUCAACGCAUAGUCGAACUGAAGCUGUUCCAACACAGGCUACACCUGGCGUAGCAACAACACAAAAUCCAUCUGCUGCCGUUUCAGCACAGACUACCACUGCUGCUGGUGUUGUGCAAACACAAGGUCCAACUGAAGAUUUUUCAACACGAGGUUCCAGUGAGGCUGUUUCAAAAGAGGGCACCACUGAUGUAUUAACGCAUGGUUUCACUGAUGCUGUUUUAACACAUGGCACCGCUGAUGCUGUAUUAACGCAUGGUCCCACUGGUGCUCUUUCUACACAUAGCACCACUGAUACUAUUUUCACACAAGGUUCAUCUGACGCUUGGUUAACACAGGGCACCACAGAUGAUGUAUUAAGACAUGGUCCCACUGAUGCUGUUUCAUCACAGGGCACCACAGAUGCUGUAUUAACGCAAGGUCCCACUGAUGCUGUUUCAACACAGGAUACAACCAAUGUUGUGUUGAUACAACGUCCAACUGACACCGACUCAACUCAGGGUACUUCAGAUGUGGUAAUGACAGAAGGUAGCAUUGAUUUUGUGCAAACAAAAGGCCUCAUUAAUGUGUCAACAAGAGGUCCAACUCAUGCCAUUGUUUCAAAAAAAGUUUCAACUGACGCAUUGCCAACGGUCAGUGCAGUUGAUGAAGUAUUAACUGAUAAAAAGGGCAAGAAAGAACAAGGUUUCCUUGCAUUAAUCAUAGUCUUGGUAAUCCUGUUAGCCAUUGUAAUCGCCGUGGUUACAUUUCUACUUUAUCAAAAUCGUGAAUUGAAAGCAUUCAUAAAUAGGUCUAACAUUGCAUUUGUCAGGCAACGUGACGAGGAACCCGCUGGCGAACAGAAUGAUGACAAAGAUGACGAGAUCGAAAAAACAGAAGACAAACAAAAAAUUGAAACUCAAGUUUAAUGCAAAAUUUCAUGGUUGCUUGCAGGCAUAAGUGGUUUAAAUAUAUCAAUAAUACGGCCGCAUAAUCAAACAUCUAUUAUUGAUUACAUUACUGACUAAUUAAUGGCGAACAAAUAAAGAUAUUCAAAUUUUAAAGUGAUAUGGUAAUGUUUAAAAGAAAAUUUACACUUGUUAUAAAGCUUUCACUCGCU